UAGUCGCUAGGAGCGCAUUCGUUUGGUUCAGUUGUCCGGGUACCUUUAAUUAUUGAUAAUAAGUUAUUAAGUACCUUGUUUCAUCCAAUUAUUAUUUUAUAUUCGACGGUUUAUGAAUGAAUAUAGUAGAACUGUUUUAUUAGAGCUUCGAUAUUUUUGAUUUUUUUUUUUGACUUUGAAGUUAAGGAUUAUUUUCAAGUGUCUUUUGUGUUUGUACAUUUUUCUUCGGUUUUUUUAACUGGGAUGAGUCUAAUUGUUUAAAUUUUUUUUGGGCUCCUAUUUGGACUGCUGACCGGAUGCGAUGGGACUUUAUAAACAAUAUAUUAAGAUAACACAACAAAUAUUGGGUUUUAAGAAAUUUCAAAAUGGCAAAAAUGGCAUUGCGCUGCAGAUGCUCAUAUCCCAACCUAAUCACGGACAUUUAUCAAUUAUUAUUGUUGGACUUUUUACUCUGGCGAUGGGGAUUAUUUUAUCAUCGAUUCCAUGGUUAGAUUAUAUAAUUUUAAAGAAUCUGAGGCUACGUGAAGAUUCGAUUAGUUUUAAAUACUGGCAGAAACCAGGUGUAAUAAGAUUAACAAAAGUUUAUAUAUUUAACGUAACGAAUCCAGAUGGAUUUCUUAAGCAAGGGGAAAAGCCAAAGUUAAAAGAAAUAGGACCAUUUGUUUAUAGGGAAGAUAUGGAAAAAGUCAACAUAAAAUUCCACGACAACGGAACCGUUUCUUAUCAACACAAGAAAAUUUUGAAGUUCGUCCCAGAAUUGAGUGUGGAUAAAAAUUAUAAAAUAACAAUUCCAAAUAUUCCUUUACUUACUUUAUCAUCACAAUCCAACAACUUAGGAUGGUUUGUUCAAAAAGCUAUUUCCGUAAUGGUGAGCAUGGGAACAGUACGGCCCUUUGUCAGUGUGACCGCUGACGAUUUGGUUUUUGGAUACGACGACAGUUUGGUUGCUUUGGCUCACAAGUUUUAUCCGAAAAGAAAAAAACCGCAAACCAAAAUGGGAUUGCUAAUCACUAGAAACGGUACUCUUCCUGAAGUCCACAACGUCUACACAGGCCUAACAGGGAUGCAGGAGUUCGGAAUCAUAGCAAAUUUAAAUGGAAAACCGACUUUGCCAUAUUGGGAAAAUGCACCUUGCAACGAAUUGAAAGCUAGCGAAGGUUCAUUUUUUCCUCCGAGAUAUUACACUAAAAAAGACAUCGUUUAUUUGUACGAUAAAGAUAUAUGCAGGACGUUACCGUUGCAGUACAGAAAGUCUAUGGAAAAACAUGGUAUCGCAGUUGAUUUGUACACCUCAGCAGACAACAUUUUCGAAUCAGUAGAAAAAUAUCCAGAAAACAAAUGCUACUGUCCUGGAAACGAGUAUUGUCCGCCUAAAGGAUUGCAGAAUAUCAGCCCUUGUCAAUACGACGCUCCAGUAUAUCUUUCCUUCCCGCACUUCUUGGAUGCCGAUCACGUACUUCUGGAUGAAAUUGACGGUCUUGUUCCCUCUAGGGAUUUACAUGAAACCUAUUUUAAAAUUCAACCAAAAUUGGGUGUUCCCAUCGAAGGCAAAGUGAGAGUUCAACUUAAUUUGAGGGUACAACAGGCACCAUACAUUACUGCUGUGAAAGAUUUCAAAACUAUUAUGUUUCCAGUUAUGUGGCUAGAAGAGGGCAUAGACGAUUUGACUCCACCAAUCCGUCGUUGGAUGUACCUGGCUACAACUUUUGCAGAAAUCGCUUGUCCACUGAUGACCUACGGUUGCAUUCUACUCGGAAGUUGUCUUAUAAUAGGAGUUAUCGUGAACACCUAUAAAUCACUGGUAUUCACCAAGAAUACAAUUGAAAUAGGAAUGAAAAAUUUACGGAGACGAAGUAGCUUACUUAUACAUUCAUCUAAUAGGUUUAUUUCUAGAAGAGAAACCUAUACUUUACUGGAAUUUCAAGAUGUAGACGCAGAUGGGGAAAUUUAACAUUCAAAAAGGCUUUACACACUUAUAGAUAAUAAUUCGGCAUACAAAUUUGACUGGCUUAGUUAAAAAAAAAAAACUAAAUAUCAUGUUAUUAUUUUAUUUUUGUUAUUGUUAUGCAAAUUUGUAUAUGCUUUUAUCUUGUAUAUUUUGUAAAAUUUUAUUUUAUUUUAGUUUAAGAUUUGCAGUUUAUAAAAUCUGUGCCAAAAGCUACCAAACAAGGAACUUAUUCUUGCCUUUUUAUUUUGCAGUAUUGCAUUGGGGAUUGAAUUUAAAAAAAAAUAUGUAUUUAAGGUCCUCACAUAAAACAAUUUAUAAAUCGAUUUUUUGUCUGUCAAUUUUGUUGUAUUUAUUUCUGCGAUUUUUUCUUACAUUAUUUAUUGCUUAUUUUUUAAGGGCCAGUUGCUUCAUAAUCAACAGUCAAACAUGAAAUAUCAAUUUCGUUUCUAAGCUAAAAAUGUGGCAAAUAGAAUUUAUAUAUUAACAUGUUGUUAAUGAAGAGAUUGUCCAAAGGGACCUUAAAAUAGUCUAUAGUUGCCAUGCAAUUUAGUAUUGAAUCCAUUCCAAUAAAUUGUGAUGUAGAUAGAUUAAUUUUGUAGAUAAUUAAUGUUUUAUUGAAAAAUUAUUAUUAAAUGUAUUUUAUAGAUAAAUUAAUGGUUAAGGUGCCGAUAAGCAAACAUUUUGAUGAAUGAUGAAUUUUUGCUCAAACAUGCUAGUGAAGUAGAAUUGUUGUCUUAUAUUAUUUUAUUUUGUUGUUGUUAAUAUGGUGUGAAUUUAAAGAACUAAUAAUUGUGAAAUACAUAAAUGUAUCUACAAAAAAAUUUCACAAAUUAAAAAAAAAAAAACAUUAGCCUUAGAAGCCUUUUGAUAAUUGAAACAAAUCAAAAUCUUAAAAUUAGGUUCUUAUUUUUAUUAAAUAUAGAAAAAAAUAUAUUUUAUGAAUUAGAAAAUAUUGAAACCAAACAUGGAAACAAUCAUCUGAAAUUGCAUUUAAAAACAGUAUUUUUGCUGUAAUUUUUAGGGUUUUUACUAGUCAUAAUCCAAAACAAUAUGGUAGAAACUUUGUUAAGAGCCCGAAUGAUGUUUAUAAAGAAAAUUUGCUCACAUAGUUUUUAUUGUUAAUAUGUUGGUGUAAAGAAAUAAAAAUAUUUUUAUGUAAAUACUUUUUUAUUUCAACUAGUGAACAACUUAUUCAUUUUCAGAAUCGUCAUCAGAAUCCGCCUUGAUAAUUCCCAAAGUUUUUGCUACACUUUUCACAUUCGAAAUUACUUCUUCUUGCACCAAAUUGAAACUCAUUGCAAGUAAAGAUAUACCAAAAAGUAGGUAUAAAGAACAUAGUGCUAUACUGAUGGUAGCAUAAUACCUAAAAAAGAUUAUUCAAAUAAAUGUUAAAUAUAGAAAAAAAUAAAAACUACCUAUCUUGACUGACUCCUUUUGCUGGUACCAAAUCCCCAAACCCUAUCGUGGUUAAAGUAAUAAAACAAAAAUAGGCUGAAUCCAAAUAAUCCCAU